AGGAAGCGCGGCGCGCUCCUCUCUCUCUCUCUCUCUCCAUUUUGUUCAAAGUCAUAACCUCUCCUUGACACAGGCAAGAAGAGCGCAGGAAGUUAUCGCACAGAUAUCAUACUUUACAAAAUACUUUUCGUCCGAAUUGAUAGUUUGAGAGUUUAAAGGCGAAGCGGUUACACAUCGAUCAGUUAUGACGCGAAUUACCACUUUUCAAGCUGCAGGAAUCCUAGUGGCAGCAGUGAUGUGCUUCUCUGAAGUAUGUUAUGCAAAGAAAACAACUACCACUGGACCUACAACAACGGCUGAAGCUACAAAUAAUGGACCUACAAGCAACAUGACAACCACUGCGAGCAACAUGACAACCACUGAACCUACCACUGCAAGUAACAUGACAACCACGUUCAGCAACAUGACGACCACGGUCAGCGACAUGACAACCACUGCGAGCAACAUGACAACCACUGCGAGCAACAUGACAACCACUGAACCUACCAUUACAAGCGACAUGACAACCAGUGAAGCUACCACUGCAAGCGACAUGACAACCACUACAAGCAACAUGACAACCACUGGACCUACCACAACCACCGCAAGCAGCAUGACAACCACCGCGAGCAACAUGACAACCACUGCGAGCAAAAUGACAACCACUGAACCUACCACUGCGAGCAACAUGACAACCACUGAACAUACCACUGCAAGCGACAUGACAACCACUGCGAGCAUCAUGACAACCACUGAACCUACCACUGCGAGCAACAUUACAACCAGUGAACCUACCAGUGCAAGCGACAUGACAACCAGUGAACCUACCACUGCAAGCGACAUGACAACCACUGCGAGCAACAUGACAACCACUGAACCUACCACUGCGAGCAACAUGACAACCAGUGAACCUACCACUGCAAGCGACAUGACAACCAGUGAACCUACCACUGCAAGCGACAUGACAACCACUGCAAGCGACAUGACAACCACGGUCAGCAACAUGACUACCACGAGUGGAACGACAAGCACCACCCCGUCAGUGAAAUCAAGAGGAACAACAUCAGCCCCAAAAGCCCGAUGGGAAGUGAAGGACAAGGACGGCAAACUGUGUAUGCUCAUGGACUUCAAUGGAACUAUAACUGACCUCGCUAAUGACGUGACUGAACAGAUACCACCUUAUGCGUCGACAUCGAAAUCCAACUGCAGCUCAUCUUCUUAUUCAGCAUUUGUCUUAAAGUUUGGGAAGUGGGGAAUUGUCCUGAACUUCACCACUAGAGGGGGCUCGUUCAAGCUCCAAACAAUAUCUGCGCGCACAAGCAUCUCAACAACGUCACGUUUCUCAUCCGUGACCACAGACUUCUUUGAUGUGCCUCUUGGCGACUAUUACACCUGCAGUCACUUCAGCUACAGUCUUGGUUCCUUUCAUCUCAACCUGACCAACCCUUCGCUCCAGCCUUUCGUCCAGAGAACCGAAGGAGGGGACAACUUGGGACAACCAUAUGUUUGUCGAAACAGUCACACCGGUAUCAUCGUCGGGGUCGUCAUCGCGGUCAUCGUGAUCAUAGCAGUCAUCGUGGUGACGUUCUGCGUGGUGAAACGGCGAAGAAACACGUCUUCUCCUCCCUAUGCUCGGGUUUAGUCAGGGGUGUGCAUGAUGAAUCAUUGGCCCUGCGUUUCAUACUUCCAUAAUAAUCGUAUAAAAGAUAAUCAUGUAACUUAUUGUAAGACUAGUAUUUGUCUUUUUCUAGUCUUUAACAUUGUAUGAUUUAGAAACGUUACAUACACACACAUAUAUUAUAGAUAGAUAGAUAGAUGUUUGGUUGUUGGUGACUCUGUACGUGACGCAUCCCGCGAGACCCCCUCCCACUUGCUCUGCCAUGUCCACUAUCUUCAAUAAACUACUAAAUCAAUCAAUCAAUUAAUAAGUACUAGAAAUCCGUUGUCCCUUUGCUAAAUCGAGCUUAUUCUGUGCAGUCUGUCCCCCAAAUAUAUUAAGCAAAUAUUAAUCGACUACGAGGGUAAUGGUGCAAACUAUCAUCGCCUCGGUGAUCUCAGGGCUACUAUCUUCCCGAGCCGCAAGGCGAGGGAAGAUGGUAGCCACGAGAUCACCGAGGCGAUGAUAGUUUGUAUCCAUUGCCCGAGUAAAGGAGGUUAAUAUUUGUUUUAUAUCCCAC